AACUCCAACAACUAAGCAUGAAAGCUAGGAAUUCUUUGCCUGAGUUUCAAGGCCCUUCAAAUUGCUUCAAGGUCAUACUUCCCCCAACACUUGAAGCUAAGAUGCUGGUCGAGUAUCCGAUUAGUGAUGGUGAAGAGCCAGAAAGUGGCAGGCGGAACUUUGGACAUCAGAACAACAUGGAAAGUGAUGAAGAACAGUCUGUGGAGAUAUUGGGUUCUACAACUCCAAAUUCAUCUUUCAGGACUUCGGGAAACAAUUUUAAAGAUAAAAGUAGAAGGGCAGGGCCAUCUCGCAAUGUUUACUCUCCAACGCAUAAAAAUGAACCAAGAAGAGCUACACGACAAGCUGGGAAACAGGCAGUGGAUAAACGAAAUCAACUUGAUCAUCAAGAGUUCUAUGGUUUCCUUGGAAAAUUGGGGAUUUCUAUCAGUGAAGCAUGUAGAGAGCACUCCUUGCAGCCAGAUUGUUCAAGCCAAGCAAUCAUUCAUUCUUGGUUGUUUUGAGUGCCUCUUAGUUAAGAAAUAAAUAUGUGUGUUUGAGUAGAGAAGUGAAACAGAUCAAAAUACAAGAUUGUGACGGAAAAGAGUGGCCGGUGAGUAUCAAAUGGCUAGGGUGUGCGAGACUGAUAAGAGGAGGUUGGCAAAAAUUUCAACGAGAAGAAUUUGGAGGAAGGAGACAUUUGUGUCUUUGAGCCAAUGAGAGAGAAAGAGAAACGAUGAUUUUAUUAUGAAAGUUUUAGUACGUAAAAUUAAUCCAUAAUAAA